UGCUCAACCAGCUGAGCCACCCAGGCGCCCCAAAUUCGGUCCUUUCUCAUCACUUCUGCUACCCCCUUGAUCCAAACCACCCUCCUCUCUGGCCGGGAUUAUUCCAAUAAUCUUCGAAUUGGUCUUGCUACUUGUACACUUGCUUGCCCACCACGACGGCCACCGCUACCCACAGAGGUCUGUUCUCAGCACAGCAGAAGGAGGAUUGCACCAUAAUAGAAACAGAUUACUUUUCUGCUCGGCUCAGAUCCUUCAGGGGCAUCCCCCGUUGCCCUUAGAGUAAAAACCAGAGUCCUCCAAUGGCCUGCAAGUGUCUACAUAUCUGACUUCCCACACAUCCUUGUUGCUUCUUUUCUUCUACUCUUCUCUUGUUCACCUUGCUCACCCUGUUCUAGACAUACUGGUAUCCUUCCCAUUUCCGGAAGACACUGGCUGUUCCUCUGCCUGGAACACUCUUGCCUGCAAUAUCCACACGACUAACUCCCUUACCUCCCUCCGACUUUGUGGUUGCUGGCUUCCCAAUGAGUCCUUCUCUGACCACCUUACUGAAAAUUAGAGCCCUCUCUCCUUUUCCCUUUAUUCCAUUCUCCCCCCUCCCCAGUUUUCCUGCAGCACUUACCAGCUUUUAACACACUUUAACACACUAUGUAAUUUGCUUUUCUAUUAUGUUUAUUUUUUUACUCUCUCCGGCUAGAAUCUAAAAUCUAAAAGGGAAGAAAUAAUUGUCUCAUUUAGUGAAGAAGCACAAUUAACUGGAAUAGUGCCUGAGAAAUGUAGGCACUUACUGAAUAUGUGCUAAAUGAAUGAGUGAUUACGAUUCGGAAAUGGUGGCUGCCAGCUCUGGGCUAAUGCUGUGGGUUGAAUUGUGCCCCUCCAAAAAGGUCUGUUGAAGUCUUCACCCUCAGCAUUUCACAAUGUGAUCUUAUUUGGAAUUAGGGUUUUUACAGAGGUCAUCAAGUUAAAACGAGGUCAUUAGGGUGGGUUGUAAUCCAGUAUGACUCCUGUCCUUAUGGAAGGGCGAAAUUUGGACACAGAGACAGACACGCAGGGAGAGCACCAUGAGGUGAUGAAGGCAGAUAUUAGGGUGACACAUGUACAAGCCAAGAAAGGCCAAAGCUUGCCAGCAAAUCACCAGAAACUAGGGAAGAUGCAGGGGACAGAUUCUCCCUCACAGACAUCUCUCACGAGGAAACCACCCCACCUACACCUGACAUCAGACUUCUAGCCUCCAGACUGUGAGACAGUAAAUUUCUGUUAUUUAAAAAUUUUAAGUUUAGAGCACUUUGUCACAUCAGCCCUAUGAAACUCAUAUAGUUAGUCACGAGAUAUGUGCGUAGGCAUGAGAUUUGGAAACUUAAUUAGAUCCGGAGGUGCCUAUAAACUGUAAAGCAACAUAUAAACAAGCUGUAAUAAUUAAACAAGAAUAUGUCCUUAAGGGUUAACUGUGCUUGUCCAAGGACUCAGGGGGACAGUUGCUGAAUUCUGCCUUACUUCUCUGUCUUUUCCCCAUCCUACCCACAUCCCUCACCAUCGCCACCACACAAAAACAUCUGCUCUAAAUCACAGGGGAAUUCCUAGAUUAUAUUUCCUGUGAAGGAUUCAGCUGGGCAGCAUUCAGCAACUCUCGAAGAUCUUUCUCCAAGCUUGAACUAACUGGACCUUGUGUCUAAUCAACUCAUCUGCUUUCUGGAAGAUUGGGGACCUCUCUGAUACAGGGUUUUCCGUUUGAAGGGAUUCAGAAAUGGACGAGCUAGAUCACUCAUCCUCAAGGUCUUGCCUAUGACAUCUGGAUUUGUGGAUUGAUGAAGCAGUUGGAACUCUCUUUCUAGAGCUUAGAAAGUCAAGGUAUAACUAAGGGCUUUGAAGUCAUCACCACAUAUCCUCAUUCUCCACUUGACAAGGUCAUGGAAGAUCUAGAGGAAACAUUAUUUGAAGAAUUUGAGAACUACUCCUAUAACCUGGAAUAUUAUUCCUCAGAGUCUGAUUUGGAGGAGAAAGUCCAACUGGGAGUUGUUCAUUGGCUCUCCCUGGUGUUAUACUGUUUAGCAUUUAUUCUGGGCAUUCCAGGAAAUGCCACCGUUAUUUGGUUCAUGGGGUUCAAGUGGAAGAAGACAGUCACCACUCUCUGGUUUCUCAAUCUGGCUAUUGCAGAUUUUAUUUUUCUUCUCUUCCUACCUCUGUACAUCUCCUAUGUGGCCAUGAAUUUCCACUGGCCCUUUGGCAUCUGGUUGUGCAAGGCCAAUUCCUUCAUUGCCCAGUUGAACAUGUUUGCUAGUGUCUUUUUCCUGACGGUGAUCAGCCUGGACCGCUAUAUCCACUUGAUCCAUCCUGUCGUAUCUCAUCGGCACCGAACCCUAAGGAACUCCCUGAUUGUUAUUAUAUCCAUUUGGUUUGUGGCUUCUCUAAUGGGUGGUCCUGCCCUCUACUUCCGGGACACUCUGGAGUUCAAUAACCACACUAUUUGCUAUAACAAUUUCCAUGAACAUGAUCCUGAUCUUACUUUGAUGAGGCACCAUAUUCUGACCUGGGUGAAAUUUAUUGUCGGGUACCUCUUCCCCUUGCUAGCAAUGAGCAUUUGCUACUUGUGUCUCAUCUUCAAGGUGAAGAAGCGAAGCAUCCUGGUCUCCAGUAAGCAUUUCUGGACCAUCCUGGUUGUGGUCAUGGCCUUUUUGAUUUGCUGGACUCCUUAUCACCUGUUUACCAUUUGGGAGCUCACAAUCCACCACAGUAGCUAUUUCCACCAGGUGCUUCAGGCCGGCAUCCCCCUCUCCACUGGCUUGGCUUUCCUCAAUAGUUGCUUGAACCCAAUCCUUUACGUCCUAAUUAGUAAGAAGUUCCAAACUCGCUUUCGGCUCUCAGCUGCUGAGAUCCUAAAGCACACACUGUGGGAGGUCAGCUGUUCUGGCACAGUGAGCGAACAGCUCAGGAACUCUGAGACCAAGAACCCAUGUCUUCUGGAAACAGCUCAGUGAGUUAUCAGUAGAAGGCUUUUGUGGGGGGGCCCUGACAAAUGCUUUCAGAUUAUUUGGUUCCAAGGUAUGGUAAUAACCAUCUCUUUCUGUUAAUCAGUUUAGCGGCAUUACAUUUUUGUGUCGGUAUAAAACGUAGGAAAGAUCUUCAUUUUUUCCCCCUGCAAAUUAAAUUAUCUGUCAUUCUUGCUAAUUAUACCGUCGUGGAUUAGUCACCACUGUGGAUGCAGUAUCAGCUAUUAUUUUUUAAGUCCUAAUGACUUUGAAGUCCUAAAUCUUAAUAUUAAAUAGAUGAUUAAUUCAUUUCAAAAAUGUUAACAUAUGUGCUGCUUAAGCUCACUUUAAUUUUGCACCAGUAACCUAUUAGACAUAUUUUUCAAAUGCAACAUGUACUUCAUUUCUUUAUUUCAUGAAACCUAUAUAUGUACAUUUAUAAAUUAAAGUAAUAGUUGGUUAUAGUAGUUUAAAACAUUAUGAACUAUUCAUGCUUAGUGAAGUGUCCCAGAAUCUAGUUGCUUGAAAUGACAAUUUAUUAUUAUAAUACCUCACAAUUCUGAGUCAGAAACUCAAACAAGGCCCAGAAGGGAUGUUCAUCUCUCCGCUUCACGAGGUCUGGAUCAUCAGCUGGACUGGGAUGACCCAAAUGGUAGAAUUUUGGAACAGCUUGUCUCCUCUGCCCUACUGUUCCUUCUCUUCUUCUUUUUUUUUUUUUUUCCACACAGCUUGUCCAGUAUGGUAGCUCAGGGUAGCCAGACUUCUUAUAUGGCAGUGUAGGGCUCUAAGAGACCAAAGUGGACAUUUCUAGUCCUCUUUAAGCCUAUGCCCACCCCUGACACAGUAUCACAUCCACUGUACUCUCUCGGUCAAACUAGUCCUGGGCCAGCUCAGGUUCAAGGGGAGGCGACAUAAACCCCACCUGCCAAUGGGGAUAUGCUCCUAUCUUUAAUCCCUCGUGAAAUCAUUAUAAAUAUUAACGUUCUUGGAAAAUUCUGGGUAUGUGCAAAUAUGUAUAAGAUUGCUGUAAACAUAAAACACUGACAUCUAGAUGGUAGAUAGGCCAGCCUAAUCUCAGAAUGAUUUCAGAAAAAGAAAGCAUGUAUGACAUUGAUAUAUUUCCACCUUCUAUUCCUAUAACUCUAUAGAUACAGACACAGUACAAGACCAAUAAAGUAUACCUUUAAGUCAGUAACCUCUUCAAUUUUAAAAAGCAUUUAAUUUUCUGGGCGCCUGGGUGGCUCAGUUG